GCGAGGGUCCUAGCAGGAGAUCCGAUGUGACGUAUUUCCCUUUUCGCAUGCCUCUUGGAUUGAGUGUGGCUUGGAGCGAUCAUUUGAGGCACAUAUAAUCUUUUAUUCCAGCUUUAAGAUGUUUAAAAUCGAGGGUCUUGGGCCGAAGAUGGACCCGGAGGAGAUGAAGAAAAAAAUGCGCGAGGAUGUUAUGACGUCUGUUCGCAACUUUCUGAUUUAUGUUGCGCUUCUGCGAGUCACACCAUAUGUUUUGAAGAAGCUCGACAGCAUAUGAAACUUCACCAUGGACAGAAACAUUCCCUGUACAGAUGAGCAUGCAGAACCUCGACGAUGCUGCACAAAGUCACUUACAACGGCAGUUAAUGAAGAGAUACUGUAACUUCAUGUCAUCAUUUAUUUUAUUUUUUAAUUUUUUUUACUGGUUGCAAUUGAAUGGAUGAGAACAGAUGAAGUAUAAUCACAUUUGAAAACUAUGGUAAACGAGAUGUCUACCAGAAUGUUAUGACAUGGUCACAAAGGUCUAAGCAAUAAAUCUUGCAUCAGUUAAUCCCAUUGACAGUUGUUGAAACUUGAACUAUAAAGCAGAGAUUUAUAACAUCAUUUACUUUCAUUUAAAUUAUAGUAAAAAAUCCCAGUGGUACAUUUAGAUUCAUUUAAAAUGUGUUAAGAGGGUAAGAACUCAACAUGCAUUAUUAAAAAUAUUACGUUUUCCAUGAAAUCAAUGUAUGGCAUUCACAUUGUAGUCAAAUCCUGAUGUUUAGAAAAUGUGACUCACCUACUUGUGCUUCUCUAUGAGAUGCCAAAUACAGGAGUUUCAAUAAAUCUGUUAUUACAUAA